AUGGAGCCAACCAAUCUCCCAGCGGCGGAUUAUUCGCCUCUUACUCAAGUUUUCAAUCUCGAAAGGCGCGGCUCAAGGGAAGACGGCUGCAGAUUGCUGCCUCAUUCACUUUCUAGGGAAAAAGCCGGGAUCGAGCCCGUUUCGCGUGAAACUCUCGGCCCCCUAGCAAAACGAGCAAGCAGCUGUACUCGCACAGAUCCCCCUUUCGACACGGCACAGAAGCCUUCUGGAGACACCUUCCAUUGUAUAAACCUGCUGAUACUAUUAUUAACGCUUGUCAUACCUCUGAUUGGCUUGAUUGCCUGGUUUGUGAUUACAGCACCGAAAGUUAAGCUUUUUGGGUCAUUUGCUGGCAUAGUGAUUGGCGGCCGCUUUUCUCAAAGUAUCGCAAAGGGCAUCGAUAUUGUCUACAGUGGACUUCUGGCUCCAGCCCUGAUGACUGCCUUGAACUUUGUUUGGUUUAGCUCUGCGCGUCUGGCCAUCCGCGCGUCUCGAGGCAAGCCGCAAGAGCAGCAACGAAGAAUACCCCUGGCGACCUGGGUGACAGCCAGUGGUAUGUCUACAGGGAGCUACAAUGUGAAGGAUUUUCUUUCCCUACGGCGAGGGCGGAUGUGGCGACUGUAUUGUCUAAUACUGCUUGCUUUGUCAUCUGCGUUCUCCUGGACAACUUUAUCUAAUAUCAUCGCUUAUGAGGCUUACACGGAGAUUAUUCUAUCUAACGUCAAGUAUAAGCUGAGAACUCUUAACGACAUGGAGAUUGAUUCUAAAACACGCACCUCUGAUGAUCUUUUAAUACCCCGGCCGGAAGUCCUUGGACCUCAGGCCAGUUUCAAAUUGAACUUACAACAACAAGCCAGUAUCUCUGAGCGGCUUACGAGUCUCUUGAAUCAGAUGGCGACAUCCAAUUCAUCAACUCUUGAUUCUGAAGGAGGUUAUGUUGUCGUCAACGCGACAGACAGCUCGUUAGUCGACUUAGACCCGUCAGUGGUGGCGCUCUAUGAUAUACCUGCAUUUCGCUUGAGUGCGAUCUGUGAACCCGCAUUGCUUCUUCCUGGUUCUUUGUACCCUACGCAAAUGGGUGAAGAUGCUGUUCAAAUGCUCGGAACGCUCUCUUCAUUAAAUAAUACUGCUCAGAUGUCCUACUGGUACCCCGGUGUUGCAGAGGAUAUCAAAUCGAAAUACACUACGGAACUGGCAAUUGUUCUCUUCUCGCCCAAUUAUCAACAGGCAGUUCUAGGCUAUAUGCACACAAACACCUGGAAUUACAGUGUUUUAACGCAGUACGGUGAGAUUGAGCCAGUAGUAUUGAACCUCACCUCGGUUUACGGCACUGUGACCACAUACUCUCUGCAUUGCUCUCUCCUUCGCCAAGAGGGACUUGUCAACUAUACACGCUCGGCUGGCCAAACAUGGGAGUUGUCUGGGUCACAAUUCCAGCUUUCUAAGAGUCCACAACGAUCUUUUAUCGGCGACUGGCAGGUCGUGCUAAACUAUCACGCCAUGGCGGAAGCAGGCACGAUCCCUGGUAUCGCGCCUGCGAUUAGAGGUGGUCUAGCCUGUGAAAUUGAGAUUGCUGCCUGGGAACUUGCGGCAUGUCCAUCAAUCAACUUUUCGACAUUUGCCGCCAACUUUGUGCUCGCAUCAGGUCGUUCUCAGAGCAUUCUGUUCAAUGUCGCUGCAAUGAACUCUUCCCGCGACCGGCCGGAAUACUUUUACAAUGUGACGGGAGCAGUAACGCAGCAGUUUUACCACAUCACCUAUGUUCCGGCGCUGCUCCUUGCCAGCUUGCUUGGUCUAACCAUUGCAGCGUCUACAGCGGUUGGUAUGAUGGUGUAUGCGAGAUGGAUUCAAAGAGAUGGCAUAAAAACAUUACAUGAAGCUACCCCAUUGCGGCUUGUAGUUGAUAGCGGGGCGGGAACAUUGCAAGAUACGGCCAGCAUGGCUAGGUUGGCUAACUUGUCCGAUAGCCAACUUCAAAAAGCAGCCAAGGAGGUCUACAUCAUGUGUUAG